AGCAGCGGCAGCAGCGCCGAGCCCCUCCCGCGGCCGCCCCCGCCGCCGCCGUCCCGCGGCCGCCGCCAGGACCCCGGGCCGCGCCGCAGAUGGCCGUGCCGCCCGGCCGGCCGCACGCCCGGCGAUGAACGCGCAGCUGGCGAUGGAGAACAUCGGCGACCUGCACGGGGUGAGCCACGAGCCGGUGCCCGCCGCCGCCGAGCUGCUGAGCGGCAGCCCCCACCACCGCGGCGCCGUGGCCCACCGCGGCGGGCAGCUGGCGGCCCACCCGCGCCCCAUGGGCAUGGCGGCCAUCCUCGACGGCGGCGACUACCACCACCACCACCGGCCGCCCGAGCACGGGCUGAGCGGGCCCCUGCACCCCACCAUGACCAUGGCCUGCGAGACCCCCCCCGGCAUGAGCAUGAGCAGCACCUACACCACGCUGACCCCGCUGCAGCCGCUGCCUCCCAUCUCGACGGUGUCGGACAAGUUCCCCCACCACCACCACCACCACCAUCACCACCACCACCCCCACCAGCGGAUCCCGGGCAACGUGAGCGGCAGCUUCACGCUCAUGCGGGACGAGAGGGGUCUGGCGUCCGUGAACAACCUCUACACCCCCUACCACAAGGAUGUCGCCGGCAUGGGGCAGAGCCUCUCUCCGCUGUCCGGGUCGGGCCUGGGCGGCAUCCACAACUCCCAGCAAGGGCUGCCCCACUACGCUCACCCCGGCGCCGCCAUGCCCGCCGAGAAAAUGCUCACCCCGAACGGCUUCGAAGCCCACCACCCCGCCAUGUUAGCCAGGCACGGCGACCAACACCUCACCCCCACCUCCGCCGGCAUGGUGCCUAUCAACGGGAUCCCGCACCACCCCCAUGCCCACCUGAACGCCCAGAGCCACGGGCAGAUCCUGGGCUCUGCCAGGGAGCAAAACCCUUCUGUAACCGGUUCGCAGGUCAACAGUGGAAGUAAUUCAGGGCAAAUGGAAGAAAUCAAUACCAAAGAAGUAGCUCAGAGGAUCACCACCGAGCUCAAGCGGUACAGCAUCCCCCAGGCUAUCUUCGCCCAGCGGGUGCUGUGCCGCUCUCAAGGGACCCUCUCGGACCUGCUGAGGAACCCCAAGCCCUGGAGCAAGCUCAAAUCCGGCCGGGAGACCUUCCGCAGGAUGUGGAAGUGGCUCCAGGAGCCGGAGUUUCAGCGGAUGUCUGCUCUGCGGCUGGCAGGUGAGCCCGCUGCGGCCCGGGGGGGCCGGCGCUGAGCAGCGGCCCGGGCCGCCCCGCCGCCCUGCGCACAAAGCCGGCCCCGGCACCGGGCUCUUGCCCGGGCUCCCGGAGGGGCGGCGGGGGGCUCGGUGUCCGCCGUGCUCCGGGGCCGGGCGCCGGCCCGAUCGCUUCCUUCGCCGGCAGGUGCGGCGGCGGCGGGCUCGGCCGCGGGGAAGCGGCCCCGAAAGCCGGCGUGUGCGAGUCCCGGGCGGCGCGGCGGGGCGGCCCGCAGCCCGCCUGCCCGGAGGCUCGCCGUUACCUCCUUGUCCCCUUCCCAGCGCCGGGUUUGCGCGCACGCCGGCUGAGGCCGUCAGCAGCGGCAGGUCGAGGAGGAAACGUUCGGUUUGGCGGCCGGGCCGGGAGCGGGGGCCCGGGCCGGGGCGCGGACAAAUGCCGGGGGUCGCGGGGAGCCCCGCG